AUGAUUUCAUCAGACUCUACGCCAGUGGCAAUAGCAACUGUGAUAACUACAGCUAAGGAAAUUUCAUCUUCAACUUCAUUAGAAGCUACGUCCGUAGCAAUCACACAUGAAAUAACUUCAUCUGAGGGUGCCUUGCUUAUAACUUCAUCGGGAACUACGUCAAAAGAGACUACAACCAUAACGACCACGAAUCCCACCUCUUCAACCGAGGCUGUUAUUGAUGAAACCCUAUCGGAUACCACUACGACCGAGACAACUACUACUGUAAUACCCAAUUCAGGGAUAUCCAUAUCUUCGUUAGCACCAUUCACAACAUCCUCCCCAAACACAGCCAAUAGUUUCGUAUUGCCUUCGACGGUCCCGGUUCUCGCAUCGCCAUCGCCUCACGACGAAGGAGCCAUCCUGUGCACCGGCGUUGGUAUUUAUCCAGAUCCCAAUGAUUGCCGCAAAUACCACUACUGUUCUCCAACCGAGCUGUACUCGUGGACACAAUCCUGCCCACCGAAUUAUGCCUUCGUUUAUAGACCAUUUACAUCAAAUGUAUUUCCAUGCCGGCGGAUUUCUGCUAGGUCGUCGAAUUGUGUCAAGAUUGAUUGCUCUCAAAAUUCUCUUGUGACGGCGUACGGACGAAGUAAAAUUUUCUACGCGAUAUGCUACAUCAACGAGCUAACGAGGCAAUCAGAGGCGGUCAUGAUGAAAUGUAGCGAUGGGGCACAACUUGAUGGAAUAAAGUGCGUUUACCGUUGCCGUCGGGAAGGUCUGUUUGUCUACUCGGUUAAUCCAGCCAAGUACUAUCAGUGCUAUUAUUCAGCCAGAAAGCUGGUGUAUAGAUUGCUGAACUGUCCGAAUGGUAAAGUUUUUAACGAAUCGAAGAAAGUUUGUAUUUAA